AUGCGGAUGCGCUUACAGGCCGAUCUGAUAUCCACGAUACGGUAUGAUUGCGAACAAGCGAUCUCGAAAAAUACGGCCUACCGUGACCUAUACGAUGAGCACGGGCAAUGUACGGCAGGCGCUCAUGUCGCCGCCGCCGUUGCUCAGGAUUACGAGGUCUCGGACAUUCAGUGCAGCGGCGCGGGAUCGGCGGUCGAUCUCCUGACAGCGAAGAUCAAAAGGCCGGUCGGCUUCAGAGGCACGCCGCUCUUCGCGGACGACAGAUCAGCGAAUCCACUCGCCGAUAUUCAUUGCCAGAUCAGGCCGGAUCCGAACGAUCCUCAGGAAGAUAACUACUUCCUGAAGGUGACUGACUUCACUCGAUGCGGCAUCCUCAAGAGAAACGGAUUUAUCCAUCUGCGAGUGUGGUUUCCCGCCUUUCCCGGCGUGGUGAUGCUGGCCGAUCAGGAGCUGAUCCUGAUGUGUCGACCGCCCGAGCCGACCCUGCUAAGGCACAAGGCUGCCGGUUUCGCUGGCACUUUUCCGCACGGCGCCAGAGUGUCCGGGGUGGUGGAGGAGACACCGGGCCGGCUCGAGUACGAAGUGGCUCUUUAUCGCGAAGCGACCGGCAACGUAUCCGAUAAUUCGCAGACGGUCGAUCAGGCGGUACCGAUCGGUACGAAGCUGCAGCUGCGCGCCCGCAUCAGCCCGGACAGCGCCUGGGGCUACAUCAAGCUGCUGGAGGUGACGGUCAGUCCUGACCCGGAUCAACCCCACGCCCCUGGUAGCGUCGUACUCGUAAAGGAUGGUUGUAGGAAUCGUGAUUUCGCAUCCAUCAUCCCGCAUCAACCGGCGAGGUACCGCGAGCGCAAGAACGAAGUCUUUCUCGACUUUGAGGCCUUCUUACUGAGCUCGAUGAGGGAGCGCUCCACCCUCUGGAUCCACUCGCAGAUAAAAGCGUGCAUGGAGCCGCAAGAUUGUCAACCGGACUUCUGUCUCGACCUCUUUGAACCUUCGGGACACGGGAAGAAGAGGAAGAGAGCCGUAGAGGCGAACGUGGAAGUAUUAGGCGAGUUCCUUCCGAAGGUCGAGCGUUUGAUCAAAAGGUACAACGACUCCACUCCGUACACAAAGUUCAAAGAGAAUAUUGAAUAUACAGUAAUGAUGCCCGAUGAUCUGUACGAUAAAGUGACAGCCGGCCUCGAAGGUAGCUGCGGAAAUUUCCUCUACGUGGCGACGGGACUGGGUGCGCUACUGGUGUUAUCAGCCUUUAUUAUGUGCUACCUAGCAUCGCGUCUUCACAAUCUGUCCUCGACAGUGCAACAUAACAAGUCGAUCGACGAGUUGGUCAGAGACCGCACCAGGAAAUAUUGUGACAUCACGCCCGGCUAUACCGGUCGUUCGACCGUGCAAUAGAGCGAUGCGCGAUUGAGAGAUACAUAUA